CUCGUCUCAUCUAUAACGACCCCUCACUUCAUCCCAACUUCGGAUGGCCGCGCCAAGUCCAAUUGACUGCGUACCCCUCGUCAUGGCCGCCGAAGCAUCCAAUCCUGAUAUCCUCACUCAUGUAGAGAGAUUUUGGGAAGGCCGGAAGCCUCACAGUCCCAUCUACCAAUUUCUACUUUCCGACAUCAAGCUUACCCAUGCUUCCAAAGGUCUUGUGCGGGCUCGCCUGUUGCUAACCACCAACCAUGUCAACGCCCACGGUGGUAUUCACGGCUCUGUCUCUGCAACCUUGAUCGAUUGGGUCGGCGGCAUGGCCAUUGCUGCGUGGGACAACAGGGUGAAGACGGGCGUCAGCACCGAUAUUCAUAUUUCAUAUGCGAGCUCCGCCAAAGACGGAGACUGGAUCGAGGUUGAAGGAAAGGCAGGCAAAGUCGGAGGCACGCUAGCGUUCACAACCGCCACGAUAACAAAGGUUGUAGACGGCAAGCCCGGUCCGAUCAUCGCCACCGGAUCUCAUACCAAAUUUGUCAAGGUCUGAGCGUGACGACGUCAUAACGCCCUCUUCUUUGGGUUCUCAUUCGGCUCUCCCAUGAAUGAUUGACUCCACUCGGACGGCGAAUAUCAAUCCGUCCUCUCUUUACCUUCAGAAGCCCUUUCGAGCCUCGCGGCGUAGAGUAUCGGGUAAUUUUGGAGGAUCACAUGUCGAUACACUAAAUCAUAUAACAGUAUAUAAGUGAAGUUUGCGAUGUCAAAUUUUUAUUC